AUGAAAACUGGAUUCUCUGUACAAGAAAAAUACUGCCAACAAAUCCCAGGAGCAUCCGAAAUUCACGAUCCUGUUCCACAAUCAAAAAUAGAAAUAAUUUCAUACGAACAACUCGCUGAAACUGGUGAAGAUAGACUUGUUUUUGAUCUUACAAACGCACCAGCUUCACACGCAAAUGCACUUCGUCGUACUCUUCUUGCAUCAGUACCAUCCAUCGCUAUUGAACUUGUUGGCAUGCUUGAUAAUACUGGUGUUAUGCCAGAUGAAGUUUUAUGUCAUCGUUUAGGCUUAAUUCCAAUCAACGCAGAUCCAUCAUUGCUCGAUUAUCCAAAGCAAAAGAUCGAAGACAAAUCUUCCGAUCCAAACGAAGUUUUAUUAUUUGGACUUCACGUUAUCGGUGGUCGCGGCCCAACACCAGAUCUCUCUAAUGUCGAUGCAUCUAUGGAGGAGAAUCUUCCACCAACAUACAUUGAUGGAUCUAUCGAGAAUCCAGGAGAAAUCUUAUCUAGUCAUUUGGUUUGGAUGCCAUAUGAAGGACAACGCGAGAAAUUCGGUAACGUUGCUCCUCUUCAUGCAGAUAUUCCAAUUACAAAAAUUUUACCAGGACAAACAAUUCAUCUCUACUGCCGGGCGAUCAAAGGCAUUGGAUCUGAUCAUGCUAAGUUCCAGCCAGUUUGCACAGCAUUCUACCGUCUUGUUCCUUCAAUCCAGGUAAAGGAUGAAAUUAAUUCUUCAGAGAAGAAGCAACAGAAGCUUAUCAGUAAAUGCCCAAUGGGAGUAUUCGAUAUCGAAGAUAGCAAACUUGUUGUUAGAUCUCCAAGAAAAUGUACAACGUGCCGCGAAUGCAUUAGAAAUCCAUCCCUCGCACACUACGUUUCUCUUGGUAAAGAGGCCAACCACUACGAAUUCACCGUCGAAAGUGUCGGCGUUAGACCAGCAUAUGUACUUGUUAAAGAGGCUUUACAGAUUUUACAGAACAGAUGUGAUGAAUUCACAGAAGUUAUUACAGAUUACCUUAAGCCAUAA